UUCUUCUUUUGAGCUUCUCUGCCGUCGCGCAUCACUCCACAGUUACCGGUUCAAUUUCUCUCGGAGAAGGAAUGGAGAAAUCGAUGUUCAUUACCGACGGCGAAAUUCACCACCAGGCACACGUUAUCUAUAGCUGUGGUUCUUGUGGAUAUGAAUUGAACCUGAGCUCCUUCAAUCGAAGUACCUCAAAUAUAGGCUCAAAAUAUGGAAAAUCAAUAAAGCGAGGGAUCUUAUCAUUCUUCGAUAUUGAUGAGAGCAAAUUUACACAGGUUGAUGAGUUCCAAUGCCUUCCUUACUUAUCAAAGCUCUCUUGUGGUUUGUUUCGUCACAGAACCAAACUUCUCUGCGGCAAGUGUGGCAAACAUAUUGGAACUGCUUAUGAGAGUCAAACUCCUGCCUACCGGCUUGAAUUAGAUGGAUCAGAUUCAUCAUCAAGGAAUGAAGCUUCUGGUUAUAGAAAAUAUGAUAUUAGAAUCUGUGCUUUGCGGCCUGGUGAAGAAUCUGGCACUCCCCUGUUCACGUGAUGACGUAGAGUGCUCCCUUCUGGUUAUUCAUUACGAACUUGGUCUAUAUAUAUAUAUAUAUAUAUAUACAUAUGUGGCAUCACCAAUGGUUGUUUUGAUUUCCGUUUUGGAAAAUAGCCCCACCUAUUUAAUGGUUGCUGUGUGCGUAAAGGUAUUUUAAAGAAAAGGAUGUAUGUAGUUUGCAAUAUGUGGUAAAUGAUUAAGUUCAUAGCCAUUCCAAUUACAAUUAAGGUAUUUUAAGGGUGUAAGUUAUGAAUGAGUUUCUCGCCCCAAAUUGAUGGUGGUAGUAGUUGUUUAUGCAAUUCAUAUACCAUUUACAAUCACAUCUUUUCUUGUAACAUUAGAAGUGUUACAAUUAUGUAAGUGUUGUAUCAAUUUUCUUAAAUUUUAUAAAAAAAAUUAGUGUUU